AUGGGGUUGGCGCCGGCGGCAGCGGAGCCGAGCGGCGGUCGGGCGCUGAGAGGUUGGUUCCUGCACCUGGAGAGAAUGUCAAGACGCAGUAGCCGUUUACAAGCGAAGCAGCAGCCCCAGCCCAGCCAGACGGGCUCCCCGCGGGAAGCCCAGAUAAUUCAGGCCAAGAGGAGGAGGACAGCCGAGGAUGUGAGGAAGCGGCGAGAGGAGAAGGCGGCCCAGAAGCAGCAGUAUGAGAUCAGGAAUUGUUGGCCACCUGUAUUAUCUGGAGGGGUCAGUCCUUGCAUUAUCAUUGAAACACCCCACAAAGAAAUAGAGACAAGCGACUUCUCCAGAUUUACAAAUUACAGAUUUAAAAAUCUUUUUAUUAAUCCUUCACCUUUGCCUGAUUUAAGCUGGGGAUGUUCAAAUGAUGUUUGGCUAAACAUGCUAAAGAAAGAGACCCGAUAUGUUCAUGACAAACAUUUUGAAGUUCUGCAUUCAGACUUGGAACCACAGAUGAGGUCAAUACUUCUAGACUGGCUCUUAGAGGUAUGUGAAGUCUACACACUGCAUAGGGAAACAUUUUACCUUGCGCAAGACUUUUUUGAUAGAUUUAUGUUGACACAAAAGGAUAUAAAUAAAAAUAUGCUCCAACUCAUCGGAAUUACCUCAUUAUUCAUUGCUUCCAAACUUGAGGAAAUCUAUGCUCCUAAACUCCAAGAGUUUGCUUAUGUCACUGAUGGUGCUUGCAGUGAAGACGAUAUCUUAAGAAUGGAACUCAUUAUAUUAAAGGCUUUAAAAUGGGAACUUUGUCCCGUAACAGUCAUCUCCUGGCUCAAUCUCUUCCUUCAAGUCGAUGCUCUUACGGAUGCUCCUAAAGUUCUCCUACCUCAGUAUUCUCAGGAAAAGUUCAUUCAGAUAGCUCAGCUUUUAGAUCUGUGCAUUCUAGCCAUCGAUUCGUUAGAGUUCCAGUACAGAGUACUGGCUGCCGCCGCCUUGUGCCAUUUUACCUCUAUUGAAGUCGUUGAGAAAGCCACAGGUUUGGAAUGGGACAGUAUUUCUGAAUGUGCAGAGUGGAUGGUACCUUUUGCGAGUGUAGUAAAAAGGACUAGUCCAGUGAAGCUGAAGAUGUUUAAGAAGGUUUCUAUGGAAGACAGACACAAUAUCCAGACACACACAAAUUAUCUGCCUAUGCUGGAGGAAGUCAAUUACGUAAACACCCUCAGGAAUGGGGGACAACUGUCACCAGUGUGCAAUGGAGGCAUCAUGACACCACCGAAGAGCACUGAAAAACCAUCAGGAAAACACUAA